CACGUGUGUGGAAGAUUUUUUUAUUUCCAAACAUUAAUGGGAAACUAAACAAAAUGCCGAAGCUUUUUGUUUUAUUUGAACAUGCUGCGGGGUAUGGAGUCUUCAAAGUUGAAGAGUUCGAAGAAAUUGGAAUGUUGCUUCCGCAGUUGGAAGCCGCAGUCUACGAUAUAAGUCGAUUUAACAGUAUCGUGAAACUUGUUGGAUUUUGCCCAUUUAGGUCAGCUGUAACAGCGUUGGAAAAUGUUAACGCUAUUUCCGAGGGUAUUCUUCCCGAAGAGCUACAACAAUAUUUAGACGUAACCAUUCCCAAGGGCAGCAAAAAAGACAAAGUUACAUUGGGUGUGAGUGACCCAAAACUAUCUGCUGCCAUUACAGAAGCUUUGGGUAUUAAUUGUAGCCAUAUUGGUGUAGUUCCAGAAGUUGUAAGAGGUAUACGUGCACACUUCCAUCACUUAGUAAAAGGUUUUACUUUAAAAAGUUCAGGAGUUGCUCAAUUGGGUUUGGGACAUUCAUACUCACGUGCUAAAAUAAAGUUUAAUGUCCACAGAGUAGAUAAUAUGAUAAUUCAAUCUAUUGCACUAUUGGAUCAACUUGAUAAGGAUAUUAACACCUUUUCCAUGAGAAUCAGAGAAUGGUAUUCCUACCAUUUCCCAGAGUUGGUGAAAAUUGUUCCAGAAAACUACACAUAUGCAAGAUUAGCCCAGUUCAUUAAGAACAGAAAACUUCUUUCAGAAGAAUCUCUGGAAGGCCUAGAAGAACUCACAAUGGACUCUGGUAAAGCUCAAGCCAUCUUAGAUGCUUCAAGAUCUAGUAUGGGAAUGGACAUAAGUGACAUAGAUUUAUUGAACAUCGAAAUGUUUGCUACUAGAGUUGUGUCUUUGUCAGACUACAGAAAACGGCUAGCAGAAUAUUUAAGGACCAAGAUGUCAGAUGUAGCUCCAAAUCUAGCAACCCUAAUAGGAGAUCAAGUUGGUGCUAGGUUGAUUGCUCAUGCUGGUUCCCUUACUAAUCUUGCAAAGUAUCCAGCUUCUACAGUUCAGAUUUUGGGUGCUGAAAAGGCUUUGUUUAGAGCACUGAAAACAAGAGGAAACACUCCCAAAUAUGGCUUGAUCUUCCACUCCACAUUCAUAGGACGUGCUGGCACCAAAAACAAAGGUCGCAUUUCAAGGUACCUCGCAAACAAAUGCUCAAUUGCAUCUAGGAUAGAUUGCUUUUCAGAACAGCCAUCACAAGUGUUUGGAGAAAAACUUCGACAGCAGGUUGAAGAUAGGCUAAAGUUCUAUGAAAGCGGUGAUAUUCCCAAGAAAAACAUUGAAGUAAUGAAAGAAGCUAUAGAAGAAUAUGAGCAGCAAGUAGCACAACUCAAGUCAGAGAAGAAGAAGAAAAAGAAAAAGAGGAAAUCAGAAGCUGCAAAUGAAACUGUUGAGGAUGCAGAAGCUAACGGUGUUGACUCGUCAGAACCUAAAAAGAAGAAAAAGAAGAAGUCUAUUUCUUUGGAUGAUAGCCAAGCUUCAGAAUUGAAUGGAACAGUUGAGGGUGAAGAGAGUCCAAAGAAGAAAAAGAAAAAGAAGAAAAAUAAGGAACAAGAUGAGUAGGUUCCUAUUAUGUAGUUGUUGAUUUAGGUACUCUUUGUUACAUCAAAUCAGAGAUCUAAGUCGUUUAGUAUAUAGGUAUCAUAGGUAUUUUUAAAAAUUUUAUGAAAAAUUAUAAAUGCUUGAUUUACUAUAAUCUUUAUGGAAAGGGAGUAUUGAAUUUGUUUCAUUGUAUCCUUUUUGAUCUUAUAUUUUCAAUAUAUAUUGUUGUAGAGUGUUCUACAUAUACACAAACAAUCAUUUGAAUAUUUUAUUAGUUUAUCUUUGCAUAUUUUUUCUCUUUUUCUAACAACUGGCACCUCUCAGCAGAGUGACCUCUACUUAUUUUUAAUAUAUCAGUUAUGUUACAGAGAAGAUGGUGUUGUAUAAUAUUGAAAAAAUUAAAUGGGGUUUAUUAUUAAUUCUCUAUUAAACUAUGGCUUUCAUGUUUAUAGUAGUUCAAAUUCUAGGGAACUAAAAAUGCUAUGAUUAAACAGCAAAAAUGUGUAAUUUGAGCAAUUUUUGAUGUAAUUGAGAAUUUUGUGACUACCGUUUUGAUGUUUCAAAGAUUAUCUACUUUAAUGUGCU